ACUUUAAAAAUAAAAGUUGCAAAAAAGUUCAUUGUGUAAAUACUUUUGACAACCUCUGUAUAUAUUUUAAUAUUUUGCCACGCCCACUUCCACCUCCAUUAGGGCAUUAAGGCAUGUAAAAACAAUUUAAUAGACAUACAUUUGGUUUUCGAGAUUUGCAAUAUUUAUUUAACCUGGUGCACGGUAUACCCAAGUUGGCGAGACGAAUUACUUAAUUUUAAUAUGAACUUAUAAUACCUGUGACCUUAUGACUCAGUAAUAAUUAGAAAUUUUUAAAUUGGUAGCUGGUAGUUUUUAUUUAAGAACUUUGUCAUACAAAACGAUAUCACGUAAUUUAGAUAUAAUUGUUUUUCGAUGGGCAUCCAAAUUAUCUUUAUGAAUCUCAAAGUACAAAUCAGUGUAGAUAAAAAAACACCAUGUGCCUAGCUAAAAACUUGUUGAAUAUAGCCAAAGAGCCUCAGUUGCGCUACCAUUGUUCAACGACUCAGUUGGUAUUUUGAAUUCAAAAUGAAGGGAAAAAACACUACAACUCAACUGGACACAAAUAUCUUCCAAGUGCUAUUAAAACCAAAAAGUGUUACUUUGGGAGUGCCGUGGUAUUAUGCACUUCCCUUUUUGCUUGCGUGGGUCGUUCUUUUCUUUGGUGUGGUGAUCCCGCUCUUUAAUGUUUUGCCUAAUGGCAUUACCAUGUCUGAGGAGUCAUUAAAGCCAGGUGAAUUUGUGGCAGAACGAGCCCAACAUUUGCUAUAUUCAUUUGAUCGUAUCGGCCCCAAAGUGGUGGGCAGCAUAGCCAACGAGGUGACUACAGUCGCAUUCCUGAUCGAUACAGUUGAACAUGUUCGCAGCGAAAUGCGCAGUGACCUCUACGACAUUGAAGUCGAUGUUCAGCAGACAUCUGGUUCCUAUAUGCAUUGGCAAAUGGUUAAUAUGUACCAAAGUGUACAAAACGUGGUCGUUAAGCUAAGCACGAGGAGCUCGAAUAGUUCAUCUUAUUUAUUACUUAACAGCCACUUUGAUUCGAAACCCAGUAGUUCAGGAUCGGGUGAUGAUGGCACUAUGGUUGUGGUAAUGCUUGAGGUUCUGCGACAAAUGGCCAUCUCGUCUACUGUCUUCGAACAUCCUAUUGUAUUUCUUUUUAACGGAGCUGAAGAAAAUCCAUUACAAGCAUCGCAUGGUUUUAUCACUGAACAUAAAUGGGCGCCGAAUUGCAAAGCCCUAAUCAAUCUCGAAGUGGCUGGCAGUGGUGGGCGUGACCUUCUGUUUCAAAGUGGCCCAAACCAUCCUUGGCUUAUGAAAUAUUAUAACCGGCAUGCCAAGCAUCCAUUUGCUACAACCAUGGCUGAAGAAAUUUUUCAGUCUGGCAUAGUACCUUCCGAUACAGACUUUCGUAACUUCAGAGACUAUGGGCAAUUGCCUGGUCUGGAUAUAGCACAGAUCAGCAAUGGAUAUGUUUAUCAUACUCCAUUUGAUAAUUUCAAGGCAGUUCCUCGCAACUCGUUGCAGAGUACAGGCGAAAAUGUAUUAGCUUUAGUGCGCGCUUUCAGCAAUGCCACUGAAUUGUACAACACAGAGGAGUAUAGUGAAGGUCAUUCCGUUUUCUACGAUUUCCUCGGUCUCUUCCUAAUUUAUUAUACUGAAACCACUGGAAUUAUAUUAAACUGUUGUGUGGCUGUAAUUAGUUUAGUGCUGGUGUCUAUUUCUCUUUGGCGCAUUGCUUCCAAUUGUUUAGAGACACAAGGCCAACUAUUUAUUUGGUUUUUAAUCAUUUUAGCACUUCAGGUUACUGGACUUGCACUUAGCGUUGCUCUGCCAUUACUCAUGGCUGUGUUGUUUGAUGCUGGCAAUAAUUCAAUGUCGUAUUUUACUAACAAUUGGCUUGUGAUUGGACUUUACAUAUGUCCAGCAGUAAUUGGACAGGUGCUACCUUUGACGCUUUAUUAUACACUGAAACGAAAUGAGAAAGUUAGUCGCGUUUACUUUUUACACAUGAGUUUACAUGCGCAUUGCGUUAUAUUGGCUGUGAUUGCAAUUAUCCUGACUGCCAUUAGUCUUCGUACACCAUACCUUUGCAUGGCUUCAAUGAUUUUUUACGCGACUGCGUUGUUUAUAAAUCUAAUCAGCACUCUACAUGACCGUGGACUAAAUUGGGUUUUACUGGUCGAAGCUUUCCAGAUAAUGCCCUUUUUAUACUUUUGCUAUCUUUUCCAUACCUUCCUUGUUGUUUUCUUUCCAAUGAUGGGUAGAAAUGGCAAUUCUAUUAAUCCUGAUCUGCUUAUAGCUAUUCUAUGUGCUAUAGGCACUUUUUUUGCCUUUGGCUUUGUGGGUCCACUAAUAAACAUGUUUCGAUGGCCAAAACUAAUAUUGCUGGGUCUCGGCGUGGUCACUUUUAUAUUCUCCAUGAUUGCCGUGUCAGAUGUGGGUUUCCCUUAUCGUUCAAAAACCAAUCCUAUGAGGGUUAACUUUUUGCACACUCGUCGACUCUUCUAUGAGUAUAAUGGGUCAAUUAGCCUCAAUGACUCUGGCUACUACUUUGACUUCCAGGACAGACGUUUAUAUUAUCCGCUGGAGAACUCUGCUUUGGAUUUAAAUGGCUUGGUUAAUAUAAAACCUGAAUGCGAAAAUAAAUUGAUGUGCGGGGUGCCAUGUUUUAAUCAUCGCUGGUGCAAAGCACUAAAAAGCAGUUAUUGGUUGCCAAGAGAGGAAAAUGUGGUUAUACCAGGCUCCCUUUCCGUUCAGUUGUUGGAAAAAACCAUUUUGGAAACUGGUCAAUCUGUUCGAUAUGAAUUCGAAGUCUCCGGGCCCCCGCAUAUGAGUUUGUAUAUACAACCACUUGAGGGGUUUGAGAUAGAAAAUUGGUCUUUUAUUCGUAAUAUGUUAGAUAAUCCAGAGGAAUACUCAAGUCCAUAUCACAUAUUCAUUUCUUACGGCAAGGAUAAUACCCCGUUAAGAUUUUACAUAGACUAUAAAGGAGUCAACGGAGAUGGAAACUUUAAUGAACCUAUCUUUGAGCUAGGAGUUGCAGCCCAUUUUAUCAGUGAUGAGUAUGAACGCGAUUCAUUUGGUUUGCAGUUUAUAUCUGACUUUCCAGAUUUUGUUUCAGUGAUGGAAUGGCCAGCUUUGUAUAAACGAUUUGUGUUUUAGAUUAACAACAUAUAUAUAGAAUAUGGUGUUAUAUA